AUGAAUUUCAUCGUCCAGGCUAGUAUCGCAAUAAUUGUUGAGAUUGACACGCGAUUUACUGAUAAAUUACGUUAUCUGAAUUUCAUAUCAGCAAUCGACAUAGUGGAUUCUAGUCUAUGUGUGUAA